ACCCCCCCUCAAAUUGCCUCCCCAGCCCCUGAAUUACUCCCUCAGGCCCUAUCUGCCCCCCCAAACUGCCUCGUCGCUCCUUAUUUGCCCCCCGCCCCCGAAAUGCCCCUUCAAGCCCUAUAUGCCCUCCCCCCCCCCCCCGCCAACUGAUUCCUGGUUCCAACGCGGGGCCGGGGGGCUGCGCGCAUGCGCGCUGCCUCGCUGUACGGCGGAAGCGCGGCCGUUCUUGGGGGACGGCGUUACACGUCGGACCGACCGGAAGUGCCGCCGACAGCGACCGGAAGUGGGGGUGGGGACGGCGGUGGGCGCUGCACCGGGGCGGCGGCGGCGGCGGCGAGAGCGGCCCGGCCCGGCCCUUCCCGGCGCUCCCCGCCCGCAGCGGGGCCGGGACCGACACCCCGGACCCCCCCCUUCCCGGCGCUCCCCGCCCGCAGCGGGACCGGGACCGACGCCCCCUCCCCGGGGCACCGCUCCGCCCGGCUGGGACCAUGGCGGAGGCGGCGGACGGCGGCGGCUGCGGUACCGCUACCGUCACCGAGACCGGCGCCGCCGAGCCGGAGAACCGCAGCCUCACCCUGAAACUGCGCAAACGGAAACCGGACAAGAAGGUCGAGUGGUCGAGCGACACCGUUGACAACGAGCACCUGGGGCGCCGCUCCUCCAAGUGCUGCUGCAUUUACGAGAAGCCGCGGGCCUUCGGGGAGAGCUCGACGGAGAGCGAGGAGGAGGAGGAGGAAGAGGAGGCGGUGACGACGACGAGGAGAGGGGGGGGACGAAGGCUGCGGCCACCUCCACUGCGUCCGGGGACAUAAACGGGGGAGGGGGCAGCGAGGGGAGGCUGGGGGGGGCGUGCCGGGGGGUGGGGGGGGCCCCCAAGCACUGACCCCCGGACCCCCAGCCCCUAUGGAGCACUGAGGGACACCCCUCCCCUCCCGCAGAACCCCCGGGGACCCCCCCAGGACCCCCCCUUAUUGACCCCCAACCCCAAAUAUUGACUCUUGCCUUGAGCCCCCCCCCCCCCCCCAAUCCACCCCCCAGCUUGAUGCUGGCCCCCCCAUCAACCCGGGGCUCGCCCCCCCCAUAGCGCCUGAGCCCCCCCAAAUCACUGCCUGACCCCCCCCCCCAAAGCGCCUGAGGACCCACCCCCCAAAAUAUCAACCCCUGACCCCCCCCAAUCAACACCCCCCAACAUAUCACUGCCUGAGCCCCCCCCCCCCCCCGCACCAUCUCGCCCCCCCCCCCAGCCCCACGCACGGUUUGGGGGGGCUAUUUUGGGGUAACCCCCCCCCCCCCCCCAUGGCACCUGUGGGCAUUAAAGGUGGCACCGCUGUGA